GCUCGGACGACUCCCCGCCCUCCACGCUCAUCAAAGAAAACUUCCGCGGGUUCUGCACUGCCAUGCUGGACGCCGCGCCGCGCUCCACCCCGCCCACAAAGCCACCACGCCCUUCAACCCUGGACGAGGAGCUGUGGGCGGCGGGGGUGUACUUCAGGCGUCCCGGAGCCCCGCCACGCCCCACCUCAAUGCCACCGGGCGCACUACAAGGUUACGGGGCGGGGGUGUCUUCUGGCGUCAAGGAAAACGGGGGUGUUGAAUCGUAUACUGAGGAAAACGAGCGAAAUGAAGCAUACCGCGAUGGGAGGAUGAGUGAUUCGUCGUACGUGGAGGAAAACGCUUUGAACGCAUCGUACGGCAAGGAAAACGCAAAUCUGGAAGCGUAUAGCGAGGAGAACGCGAAGUAUAUGCCGUAUCGCGUUAGUAGAGUGAUUCGCCCAUUGUAUAGCGAAGAGGAGAGCGGGAAAUUGAAAUCGCGCAGUGAGGGAGCCGCGAAACUUGAAUCAUACGUCGCGGAGAGCGGGAAGUUGAAAUCGCACAGUUGGGAGAGCGCGAAACCUGAAUCAUACGUCGGGCAGAGCGGGAAGUUGAAAUCGCACAGUUGGGAGAGCGCGAAACUUGAAUCAUACGUCGGAGAGAACGCGAAAUUCAAAUCGUACAGCGGGGAAACCUCAAAAUACCAACCCUACCGCGAAAGCAAGGUCACAACUUCCUCAUAUAGCGAAAACAAGACCAGGAACUUCGCUAUCAUGAAAUCCGCGGUGCCCGAACGCGAUUUGGACUUAGAGGAAUCGGUUCUAAGGGAGUUGGAUUCCUCUCUAGCCGGAUUAAGCGGAUCGGAGAGCACAAGCAACAGCAGCACGCCUAGUGGGGGGAGCGUGAGGGGCAGGGGGGUGAUGGGGGGCAGAGGAGGGGGGACUACCACAAAUACCACCCCACCACCAGAGUCGUUUAACUUGAUCGAAGAGGUCAUGGUUGAAACUCGCUCCGCCCCCCUUCUCCCCCCUCCAUCGCCGCCCCCCCCUUCCACAGUCACCAUAAGGGCCUACUACCAGUACCCAAGUGUCCCCCCUGUCCCCCCGCCCCCCCAGGACAGCGACAGCGGGCAUGAGAGCGGUGCAACAAGCCCUUGUGGAACUCUUACUGGGGAGGACGGGACCGCUGAGGACUCUAACCACCCCGCACUCAGCUCCCCACAGCACCCACACCAGGGGCUUGGGGUGGGCGUGUCCGUGGUGGGGGGCGACCCGGGGUGUGUGGGCGUGGGUGGGGUGUGCCUGGAGCCCCGCCCCCCCACGCAUUUCGUCGUGGUGGCUAUAGACUUCGGGACGACCUACAGUGGGUACGCCUUCAGUUUCACCAGCGACCCGGAUUCGGUACAUAUGAUGAAGCAGUGGCAGGGCGGUGACCCCGGGGUGCUUAACCAGAAGACCCCGACCACCCUCCUGUUGACCCCUGACCAACGCUUCCACUCCCUCGGCUACCAGGCUCGGGACACCUACCAUGACCUGGACCCGAGCGAGGCGCCACACUGGUUGUAUUUCGACAAGUUCAAGAUGGUUCUGCACAGCGAGGAGAGCCUUAACCUUGACACCCAAAUUGAAGCAGCCAACGGCAAAAGGUUACCUGCAAUUAGGGUCUUCAGCCACGCCCUCAGGUACUUCCGUGACCACGCCCUGAGGGAACUGAGUGACCAGGGCGUGGGCGGCGGGGGCGGGGGCGUGGUGGGCGUGCUGGAAGAGGACGUGAGGUGGGUGAUCACGGUCCCUGCGAUUUGGAGUCACCCAGCCAAGCAGUUUAUGAGGACGGCUGCUUAUGAGGCCGGCAUGGGGUCCCCUAACAGGCCUGACCAACUCCUAAUUGCCCUUGAACCCGAAGUGGCUGCUAUAUAUUGUCGCCGCCUCCGCCGACACCAGCUCCUUCCCCCGCCCCCCGCCGCGCCCCCCUCGGCUCGACCCCUGCCCCCCCACCUCCAGGAUGACCCAGUACCCCCGCCCCCCUCGCCUGACUUGGAUAGAGAGUCGCUCAUCACCCUGCCCUACCGGAGCCUGGAGACCGUGGCUGACUGGCUGGGGAAAGACACCGUGUACGCUGUGGUAGACUGCGGCGGAGGCACGGUUGACAUCACGGUUCACCAGAUGACGGACCGCACUUGUGGACACCUAAAGGAGCUCCACAAGGCUACGGGCGGACCACACGGAUCAACAGGUGUGGACGAUGAGUUUGUGCAGUUACUGGUGACCAUCUUCGGCGGGGACUUCAUGACCUGCUUCAAACGCCAGCGACCUGCGGCUUUCGUGGACCUGAUGAUCGCGUUCGAGGCUCGGAAGAGGAACGCAUCGCCUCGUCGUAGCGCACCGCUCAACAUCGCGCUGCCCUUCUCCUUCAUAGACCUGUACCGGAAACUCAAGGGAAAGGACGUGGAGUCGGCCGUCCGCAAACACCAACAUCUAGGGGUCCGAUGGUCCUCCCAAGGUAUGCUGAGGCUGGACCCUGAAGCCAUGCAUAGACUCUUCCUGCCCACACUGAUCAGUAUUACCGAGGCCAUUGAGGGUGUGCUGGCCAGCCCUGAGGUGCGGGCGCUGCAGUAUAUGUUCCUGGUGGGCGGAUUUGCCGAGUCUGAGGUGCUACAGAAACACAUCCGCGACGCUUUCUCCCACCGAGUGCGUGUGGUCAUCCCUCAGGGCACAGGUCUGGCCAUCCUCCGCGGGGCCGUCCAGUUCGGCCUCGACCCCGGCAUCGUGACUGUCCGCCGGUCCCGCCUCACCUAUGGGGUCGGCGUGCUCAACCGCUUCAACCCGGCGGAGCACCCCAGGGAGAAGCGGGUGACGGCAGCCGGCGGGGAGUGGUGCGCGGAUGUCCUGGACCGCUUCGUGGGGGUGGAUGAGAGUGUGGCGGUGGGGGAUGUGGUGGUCAGGUCGUACACGCCAGCCACACCCAAGCAGUCCACGGUCAUACUGCACCUGUACGCAACGGAGAGGCAUGAUGUGAAGUUCGUCACAGAGCCCGGAGUGGACCGCGUCGGCACACUCCACCUCGACCUCGGCCCACCCUCCUCCACCACCUCCACCACUCCACCAAGCCGGGAGAUAUCCGUCCACAUGCGGUUCGGAGACACGGAGGUGAAGGCAUCGGCUGUGGACCACUUGACGGGCCACUGUGUGAAGGCGGAUAUAGACUUUCUGACACUCUGAGGUGGAGGAGGUGGAUGAGGGUGUGUGGAGAGGAUGGAGAAGAUGAAGGGAGUUUGAGGAUGAGGGAGAUAGGGAGAGGAAGAAGAAGAUUAAAGAGGGAAGAGGAUGAAGAAGGGAGAGAAGGUUGAAGAAGGGAGAGUUUGAGGAUGAGGGAGAAAGAGGGAGAAGGAAAAAGGGAGAUUAGGAAGAAGAUUAAAGAAGGGAGAAGGAAGAGGAUGAAGAAGGGAGAAUUUGAGGAUGAGGGAGAAGGAAAAAGGGAGAUGAGGAAGAAGAUUAAAGAAGGAAGAGGAUGAAGAAGGGAGAGAAGGUGGAAGAAGGGAGUGUUUGAUGAUAUGGAUGAGGGAGAAGGGAAAGAAGGGAGAGAAGAUGAGAGAAGGAAAAAGGGAGAGGAAGAAGAAGAUUAAAACAGGGAGAAGGGAGAGGGUGAGGAAGGUGGAAGGAGAGAACUAGGAGGAAAGGGAAGGAAGGAAGGGAGGUAGGGAGGAAAGGAGGAGGAAAUAUGACCAAGGGGAGGAAAGAGAAGGAAGAAGAGGAGGAAGGCAUAUUAGCGAGGUAAGGAGAGGAAAGGGAAAGAGAGGAGUGAGGGAAGGGAAAGUUAAAGGGAGAUAAGAGAAGGGAAAGAAAGGGAAGGGAGAUGAAAUAAGGGAGGUAAGAGAAGGGAAAGGAAGGGAAGGGAAGGAGAAAUAUUUAGUGGAGAAAGAGGAGGAGGAGGAAAUAUUAGUGAAGGAGAGAGAGAGAGAGAGAGAGAGAGAGAGAGAGAGAGAGA